AUGUCGGAGCACGACGAUGCACGUGACCGAGUCACUCCUAUUUGCGGGCGCUGUGCGUCCAACAACAAAGAGUGCACCAGAGGGUACAAGUUCCGUGUCAAAAAUGGCCCCUUCUCAAAAAGGCAGAGAUGGAUCAGGACACCCAAGAGAUUGAAAUUCGUGGAUGAGACCGGUGCUGCCUCAGGCGAUGGCGACGCAACGCCAGUUGUGGAUGCCUUUCAAGAUGACUGGCCCGACUCAAUCUCAGAUGACUCCGGCACCGCCAUAACUGCCACUACCGCCACCACGGCCACAGAUGGCAGCUGUGGUCUAGGACACCCGACCUCUGGUCAGCCCGUCCUUGCGGUAGGCGUGGGCCGGCAGCGGUCUCCCACAGAUCGCUUCCUCAUGCAUGAUGACCAUUUGGUGUCUCCUGCGAGAGCCCUGCCGGGUUUCCAGAACCUUACGCUGGCUGUCUCGGAUUCUAUCCCGGCAACUAUGCCCAUGGUGAUCCCAUUUGAGAUGGAGGCCGAAGACCCCGAAGUGCGCGCCAUGCGAGCUCAGAUAUAUCGUGACAAGGACAUAUGGCCUCUCGAGAGUCGAGAAGAAGCCAUGCUAUUUCGGCACUUCAUCCAGAAACUUUCAAUAUGCCUUGACGUCUGCGAUCCGAAUCAGUCCUUCGAGACCGUCGUUCCGCCGCGGGCAGGAACUUGCAAGAUUCUGAUGAACGCCAUCCUGGCCCUGGCUGCCAAACACCUCCACAAUACAGAGUCCUACGACCCGUAUGCUUCCGAUCGGUACCACCAAGAAUGCCUGAAUACGCUGAUCCCAAUCCUGAAUCAUGAGCACCACACCAUGUCAGACGAGAAUCUCUUCGCUGCCACAAUCAUUCUUCGAAUGUGGGAAGAAAUGGAAGUGAAGCACUCUGGCGUCGACGCGCACAGCUAUCUGCUCGGAAUCCAAGCAUUCGUUCACCACAGCGUUGGCGGAGAUGGGCCCUUGGGGACGCGUUAUCUCAUGCCUGGCUCGCUUAGCGGUGCAGCCUUCUGGGUAGGCCUCAGACAGGAGAUAUACAGCGCCAUGAUGAACCAGGAGCCCGUGCGCAUCAAUCUUGUGCACUCCCUCGUGGAUAGGUCACUCGUGCCGACCGAUGACUAUGGCUGGGCAAACAGAGCAUGUGUGCACUGCGCCGAUGUGCUGAACUUUUGCUUCGGCGAUGGUGCGGCGGUGUCGAGAGGGAGUGGCCUGCAGUGGUGGGCUGAGCUGGACGAGUACAACCGAGGGUGGACAGAAAGUCUACCCUCAAGCUUCACGCCGAUAUUCCGUCGUGAGGCAGCCACGGAGAAGGGGGAGGUCUUUCCAGAGGUCUGGUAUCAGAGCGCUUGUCAUGCGCUCGGAGUACAACAUCACUUGCUUGCGGAGCUCUUCCUAGUGAGCUUCGACCCCAAGACUCCCCGAAUAGGCGGGCAGAGGAAAGAAGCGGCGAAGAGGACCAAUUGGACGCCGCCGAGCAUGUUCACGGCCUGUAUGGCGAUCGCAGCUUUUGGAGAUCAAUUUCAAGACCGCCGGGACCAGGAGGCCUGUAUGGACCUCCUCAAGAGGACGGAGAAAGACCACGCACGCCCUACCGAGGCAGUGCAGCAGCAGAUGAUGAAGUCAUGGGACUGGACGCCGGGCUAA